GCGACGCGUCGAAGAACUCUACUCUUCGGCUUGCUACAAGUACAAAAUAGUGGCGCGAGAGGUGACGGCGACGCACCCGCAGCAGCUGCCGUUCCUUAUAGCGUAUUUUCGUCGUACACCACGUGCUUGCAAGAAUCGCGGACGAGGCCGCGGAGCAUAGCGACCGACACGCGCUUUGCUCUCUCUCUCUCUCUCUCUCUUUCUCUCUCUUGAGUCGUUCUUACGCGAUGUAUUUUCGAUUUCGAGUUUUCUGCGGAAACCUCGUUUCCUCUCAUACACUGUAAGUUUGUACGGUCGACUCGCAAAUCUCAAUCGCCUCUUAUCUGCAGUUUGACCCAGCCCAAAGCUUGCCCAAAAGGAAUUGUUGAUGCGUAUUUCUCUCUUCUUUUGUUUCAACGCUGCCCCAACUAUCAAGCUCUGGCAGCGGUGGGCGCGCGCACAAAAGCAACAGCGGCCAGCGGCCAGCGGCCAGCGUGCGCCGGUGCACGUGCACACAAAAGACAAGUGUCAGCGACGCCGGCGUUUAAUGCUCCCCUCUCUUCCCGACAACCGCAGCUCUAAUGCAAUAACUGGAAGCCACAGGCUCGCACGCUCCUCAUCUUGUCCAGCCGCUGUGCUAGCUGCUCUUCAUUACGCGCGCAGGCGCCGUUUCUCGCCGCUCUCUCGCGAGACAUUCGUUUGAAUUCAGCCGGAGCUGGUCGCCGCGUCGCGUCGUCGCGAGUGAUUGAAGCAGCCGCUGAAUUUUCGCGUUAUUAUUGAAAGCGCCGCCGGGAACGGAGUGAGCACCGGGCGGCGUCGUCGUUGAAGAGCCGAACAAUAGGGCCUGUCGCAAUUAUCUUCGUAAAUAAUUGUCGCCGACUCGACGGAGGGAAGCAACUUCGGCGUCGCCGGCGGCUCGUCGGCUCGACUGGGUUUUACCGGGGAGCCGAGUGCGCGAACGGACCGUGGACUAGCGCAGCAGCCGACCGAGCGAGCCUGGCUGAUGAGGAGGCUGCGGCGGGAGCGCAAGCUCGGCGAGCCGCUGGUUCUUCAUAAAUGCACUUGAGGAAGGAUCGAGCAGGAUGCCGCCGCUGCCGCUCUCGGGCCUGCCACGCGCCAGCCAACCGCAACAAGUCCUCGCGCCGCUUCUACUGCUGCUCUUCGCACUCGGAAACGCCAGCAACAGCGCGAGAGCCAUGUCGGCCGAGAGCAGUAGCAGCCAAUUGGACGGGGUCGCGAUCCGCGGCUCCCCCGGGACACAGCGCGACGGUUUGCCUUUCGUCGCCUCAGCGGCUCACACUCAUCUCGCUGCGUCCAGCUCAAAUCGAGUUCCAUUCCUGCUGGACCCACCGAGCUUUCGCCAGCGCUACGCGUCUACGGCCGAGGCAUCGCACACGUCGGAAACUACCGUACAAAAUAUUUCUUUAGAUGAUACAGAUCAAAAUCAGCGACGUAAAAGGGAGGAUAAAGAAGAAAAUCCAUGUAUAAAAUUCAGUGAGGGAGAUAAAGUUAGACGUGAGUUUUAUAGUCCAGGAUAUCCCAAUCAGUAUCCAAAAAAUAUUAGCUGCUACAAAGUUUUAGAAGCUCAGGAAGGUAAUGUUCUGCGAGUGGAAUUUCGGGAUAAAUUCGAUCUUGAAGAGGAGGACAAUUGCAAGUAUGAUUUUCUGGAGGUACGUGACGGUGCAUAUGGGUAUUCGAGGCCCUAUGGUAAUUAUUGUAGGGCCUUUCCUUUCCCGGAAAUCACCUCGAGCUCGAGAUAUCUAUGGUUACAUUUCCACAGUGACCAGUACAUAGAGGGUACUGGAUUUCGUGCUGUUUACAGUGAAAUGCCUCGACCAAAUAUCAAGACUAAGGAACCGAAACCAUGUGUGAUACACAUAACGCACCACACGGAGUACGUAAUUAAAACAUCGUCAAUUGAGAAGGAGAAAAAUGAAGCUAUCGAACAGGGAACAGAAUUAGAUUGCUUAUGGAAUAUAACCGUAAAAGAAGGCUAUAAGAUUCAAAUAUCGUUUAUAUCAUUCAAUCUGGAUAAGCCAAACGAGUGUGAUAUCAACUAUGUUCAAAUGUACAACAAGGAAGCGAAUAUGCCGCACAAUCCCAAACUUAUUGGUAAUUUUUGUGGUAGCAUUGCUGACCUUGUGUCUAGCGAGGGCAACGAGGCGUACCUGCGAUUUUUUGCGACAAAAGCUGCCAUAAAUAGUAGUUUUGAAGCCCUCAUAACAGCAACGCGUGAGAAACCACAAGGCAAAUCAUGCGACAACUCAACUGAAUUUGACUGCCAAGACGUGUGUAUCGAUAAAUCGUUGACCUGCAAUGAUCAUUACAACUGCCGUUAUCGGUUUGACGAGGAUGAUGAGAUUUGUAAGAACGAGGCCAGCAGCUUGAAUCUCAAUUCUCAACACGUCAUCAUCAUUCUCGUGGUCUUCUCGUUGCUUCUGUCCGGCCUGUGCUUCAGUUGCAUCUACAAUUGCACGAAGAAGCUCAUACGCGAUCAUAAGAUCAUUAAGGAGCACAUCCGCCAGUCGCGGGAGAAGAGUCUCGACGAGUUGGGCCGUAAGUCGGUUUCUCUCGUGGAGGCUUGCACGGAAAUCGGCGGUGAUGGCGGCGGUGAUGGCGGCGGUGAUGGCGGCGGUGCUGGCGACGGCGGUGGCGACGCUGACGCGGACGCGGCACAAAUGGCGCACAUCCAUCGGGGCCAGAGACAGCACCGACGACAGCACAGCAGCGAGUCGGCGACCGGGACAGCCAAGGAAGUGGCCAGUCCAGUGACGAUGCUUGGUUGGCAACGGGUCGUGCAGCAUUCGGUCGAUCUCAGCGACAUCCACCAGAGCAACAACGCCAGAAACGCCAGUCACGAGAGACAACUCCGUGAGUCGGGCGAGCGCGAGACUCGCGACAUGGAAUGUCAGACAAGAGAAAGCAUCUUCGACACGAGCCUCAUACUCAAACCCACGGGCUUUACUACAUUUGGCUAUCCAACUCCGGCGGGCUCGCGCAAGCAGUCGCUCGAGUACCAUCCGAGCCACCACUACCACCACCACGCGCACCCGCACUACCACCCGCACGCGCAGUCGUACGAGCAGCAGCACCCGCACCACCGGCACCAGCACUACGCGCAUCGGCCGGUGGCGGACGGCAGCAGCCCCGAGCACCCGACAGCCAGGCGCUGCGCGGCCUGCCACCCGGACCCGCUGGUCGCGGCCGAGCCGACGCUGCUCUGCCCGCGGCACAGCGACACGCCCAUCGUGCCCGCGCCCCACGGCUGGUCGGCCCACGAGUCGCUCUACAGCGCCGAGGAGCUCGAGGCACUGGGCCGGCUGCUGCCCGCGCCCGAGCCGCCGCCGCCGCCGCGCGGCAGCCUGGUGCGCCAGCGCACCGUCGGCUCGGGCGAGAACUACGGCUUCAUCUACGGUUCCGAGCGCAGCCCCAGCAGCGCCGCCGAUUCCGCCGCGGCGCCAGCCACGUCCGCCGCCUCCUCCCUGUCGUCGACGGCCCAGUGCCCGCAGUUGCUGGCCGACUCGCGCUUCAAGACCGAGGCCGUCAUCGAGGUCGACCAGAAGCGGCCCUUCAGCAUAGAGAGCACCAAGAGCGCGCCCGACGUCAUCGCCACGCACUGACGCAGGCUCGCUGGGGACUGGCGCUCCGCUCCACUCAGCAGUGAGAGCCAUCCCCGCGGGCCGGGGUCUACGCUGUUGACGGAUCCACAGGCCGCGCGGCUCGAGGAGGCCUCUUGAUCGAGGACCCGCUCCCCGGUCUUCCACGAGGCGGAGCUGGCCGGUUCGCGCCUGCUGCUGGCCGGCCUCGCCGAGCCACUGACGCCGCGGCGCGGGGCCUGCCCGAGGCACUCCCAGCUGCGCUUCCUCGACCAGACCUGGCCGCGGCGCGGGCCAUUGAGCGCGAGGCCGCCGUCGGCCCUGGCCAGGAGCUCCGCCACCCAGUGCAACCUGGCCGACUUCCACGCCUUCGCUCACAAAGCUGGCGCCUCGAUACCGGUAUAAUUAGACCAAUCAUGCCAACUGCGGAUGUGACUAUAGUUUUAAUUUUGUUAUUACUCUCGCCCGGUUGCUCGCCAGUUUUUUCGCCUAAUGGAUAAGCGGACAAGGCAACUUGUGUCUUUUGUUCUUUUUUUUACGAGAGUUACCCGGCAAGUAAGAUCGUUGAACGAUUCUUCACGAGUUUUAUGUGCGUUGCAAGCGCUACGUACGACGACCAGGUUUGCUUGGAAAACCAUAUAAAAUCGCGUAAUACUCGGUGUCAAUUGUUCGAAUUUAUACAAAUCAGAUGCACAUGCGUCAGAGGCUACAAACGAGAGCUCGUUUUAUUUUUUCAUUCGUUUUUUUAAAAUCGCGUUAGAAAUCAUUUGCAACUCUACAGCGAAGAUACCGCUUCGUCUAAACGACAUACAUAAAACGGUGCCCUUUUCUAGAAACAAUGAAAUCAAAUCUUAAUUUUUUUCUCCAAAUCUUACGGCUUCUCAUUGCUCCCAAUGGAUAUUUCAAAUAUCCUUGAUAUGAAUCACUUCACGAAAAAGAAUCAUGUAUAAUGUGAUACAAUUUUUAAGAGUCUACUUUUGAGAUGCAAUAAAAGAGAUUAAUUUGUCUAGUGUCAUCGAUAUCAAUAUUUUAUCAAAUUUUAUUAAAAUGUUUGCCCUAGUUGUAAUAUACGUACAAGUCAAACAUGAUCAUACGUGAGCGUGGACCUAGUCGAAACAAGUUUUCAGUGCAACGGAUAUCCUUUUGUAAAGCACAAAUUUUUAUAUCUAAAUUUUUUAAUAAUGUCCGACGAUUCCGACUUCGUGGAAGAAUUUGUAAUGAAUAAAGGAAAUAUUCAUCAAGAUCAAACCUUAUUGUCAGAAAAUAAGCGUAGAACAAUAAGAACAUCGAGCUUUUAAAAUAUGUUAAAAUUGUAUAUGAAUAGAUAAGUUUCCGUUUGAUAAAUUUUAUAGUAAUUUUUACUUCAAGUUAUUUAUCAUAAGUUGAUAUUAUACUAUUGUCGAAAAUUUACGAAAUUUGUUGUUUUUUGAAUGUUCUCGAUUACA